AUGGAUUCUACUCGACUUCCUCCCCAGGAAUCAGACUUCGAAACCCUAUCCGCUAUGGAAGGUAUUGAGAGCAGCCCCGAUCUGGCAACCAUUUCAGCUUCUCAUCAGGUCUCAGACAACGUAGUCGCUGUAGAGUCUUGGCUCGAGUCGAUUUCCCUGGAUCUAGAAGGUAGAAAGGUUGACAGUCCGAUAGUUGACACUCCGAUGAUUGAUUCAGCUGGAGUCCUUUCGGUUUUGGAAGGUCCACAAAAUCCAAUUGAAGGAGGUGCAAUUGAUGACGAUUUUAACGAGAAGAUGUAUAACAUCAACCUCGUCGACAACGCCUACUACCUGAAAGAAGCUCCUCGCAAAGGCGGCAGACUUAAUUCCACCCAACGUGGCUACCGAUCAAAGUUCCUCCCUGCUAGAUUCGAUAUGACGCGGAAGCUGACAAGCAGCGAGCUCGAGGACGAGGGAUAUCACCUGCUGGACGAUAACAAGCCGGUCUACCUCCACACUAAGUGUGGUCAUAAAGAUGUGACUUUGUUCGUCGCUAAACUUUGGGGUCUCAAAGAGCUGAAGGAUCUCGGUGUCUCCGAUCUUCUUGCCCGCCUGCAGGUUCUGAGUCUCGCCGCUGACUUCCAACCUCUGCUGGAGAAGCUGGCUGGAAACAGAAAGAAGAAGGGCACCAAGUACAACAUUGCUUUCACGGUCGAGUGUACCCGAAAGCCUGAUAGUGUGCACCCUAGCCGACUGGCCCAGCACGAGAACCCCCGCGUCAUGAAAGUCGCCAGCAUCAUCUCCAUCCUGGCCCAGCAGAUCAUCACGAGCACGCCCGGCGCCUGGACUCAAGCUCACGACGACGCGUACCACGGCGAGGCCUGGAUCACUUGUGGGGACGAGAGCAACAAGUGCGUCUCUUCCAUCCAGAUGAACUUCAUCGCGGUCGGCCAGAAGAAGGCGCGCGCGCUGGGUUCCCGCGCCCAAGUCCACGACGACGGCGGCGACGAGAGACGCUGCCCGUCGGUCAUCUUCUUCCUCAGCUACCUCCCCAAGGGCUACUUCCCCGGCCGCUUCUCUAUGACCUCAUUCCGCCUCACCUGCACCGCCGCGUCGCAGACCUGCCUGGUGAUCGACGCCAACUACCCGCACGGCGGGUCCGGCGACGGCCCUUACCCCGAGACUCUCACGCCCGACUCCCCCCUCCGAUACACCCCGCCCGCCGGCUAUACUUACCCUGUUCUCCCUGAGGGCACCCCCUACAACCGCCUCUACAUCAUCCCCUACUUGCGACAAGAAUGCGCCCGCGCACGAACCCGCGAGCUCGGCCCGGAGACGCUCGCCGGCGGUCUCGGCGGUUUCGGAACCGAGGCCAACAUGAUGGGCUUCCGCCUCCGCCACGCCAUCCGCGACAACACUCCCAUCCAGGACCCCACUACCCUCCUCGACAUCGCCACCCCCUCCGCCCAAGACUAUAUCAACGCCUUCCCUUAUCUCGUCGACGGCCACUCGACCUUCCUCCCCCUCGCCAUGGCGCAGAAGUGUCUGGACUACAAGACGACCGAGCACCAGGACUGGAUCGACCACAAGAAAGCCGCGAUGUACCAGACGGUCCACUUCCCGUGCGAGAACACCGACGAGUACGGCAUGAGCCGCAAGCGUAAGGCUGAGGUUGCGCUGCGUGGUAACGGCCCUGAGCGUUGCACUAUGAUGUUAGGUAAGACGGUGGCAAAUCGGCGGAAGUGUAUGGCGCAUGUCAAGAAGGGGGUGCCGGGCGCGAUGUUCUGUCAUCGACAUGGGAAGGAUGGAUCGUUUGUCUGA